UGAAGAAUGGCGUGAUGGUCCAUGUCGUAAUUGCACCUGUCAACCAGGUGGUGCAACGAUCUGUAAAGAGCAACAAUGUGCGAAAUGUAAUGAAUCUGUACAAAUACCUGGACACUGUUGUCCAAUUUGCAAAGAUGUAGAAUGGCGGUCCUUUGGCGAGGGCCAACUUCAAACAGUAUUACUGAAUGGCAACGAUUCACCAUCUUUAUCAUCAAAUUCGCAAAUGAAUACGAUGCUUUAUGGACUAUGCUUAACCGGAUUCAUCCUCAUCGGUGUUAUCGUCAUCAUUCUCAUCUAUAAAUUGAUCAAACAAACUAAAACUAAUGAAGAAAAGAAAUCGCCAAUUCAUUAUGACAACUCGACUGUCUUGCUGUCAGCUACAAAAGCAAUUGGAUCAACACCACGACUAUAUGAAGAUGUGUCAACUCGAAGGGAUAGUUGUGGCGAUGGGCAAAGUGAAUCACUCAUUUCAUCAAACUCCGAAACAAGUUCCGCAUCAUCAUCCAAUGGUAGCUCGGGAUACGGACCCCAUUACGAUACUUUACCAUUAAAUCCAGUGAAGAAAAGUGUUGGUCGAACAAAAUCGAUGGAUUACGGUAUUCGACGCGGUUUUGGUUCCUUCAAAAAUAAUGCAUUCGGUAAAUUGGGCAAUAAGCAUGGAUCGUGCAAUGUAUAA